AAACAGUCGCCUGCUCCGAAUAUCCUGCGCUUCGUGAACAUAAUAUGAGAAGUGAUUCCAAGCAGUUGGAUGCUGCAUUACAAACUUGCUCAUUAAUACGAGACAACCAUCAGCCAUGUCUACCAUGAAGAACUGAAUGCUAACCAAUCAGCGCGUAUCGUUGUAUGAUAUUUGUACUCCAUUGGUUAGUUUCUCUAUAACCUCGAACCCAGGGUGUUUGUGGUACAAAAGUAAGAUGGAGGCUCUCGCAGUCGAAGUAUGCGGCGAGAAUGGGGCCUAUUACAAGGCCUUUGUUACAGAUGUAUUUGAAGAAGAAGUAUCUGUAGCAUUUGAAAAUGAUUGGCAGCCAGAAUCUAAAUUCCCAUUCUCCCAAGUUCGCCUUCCUCCUGAUGCUUCUUUGGGGAAGACUGACUUCACGGAACACCAAGAGAUCGAGGUGUUUUCUCGGGCCAAUGAUCAGGAAGCAUGUGGGUGGUGGAAAGCUAUCAUUAAGAUGAUAAAAGGUGAUUUCCAUGUGGUGGAAUAUUUAGGUUGGGAGAAUACGUACACGGAAAUAGUACCUAGUGAUAGGUUGCGGCCAAAAAAUCCAAAUCCUCCCAUUAACAAAAGUACAUUCUUCAAAUUUGAGAUUGAAGUACCUGAAGAACUGCGGGAAUAUGCUAAAGUAGAAACAGCUCAUAAGGAAUUUCAAAAAGCAAUUGAGGCAGCAAUAUGCCGAUAUGUGCCAGAACGAGGUGUCCUUAGUUGUAUUUCUAGAUGUGAAACAUCUAAGAAACGUUCUGCUAUGCUUCAAGAAAUGCAUUUUAGAAAUUUAACCCAAAAAGUUUUGUUGUUAAAACGCACUGAAGAAGCAGCGAGACAGCUUGAGUCUACUAAGCUUCAAACUUCUGGAGGCAGAUUUAGGCCUUCAAACUUUAAUUAUCAGCGUGUCUCAAACUAUGAGGCAGGGGUGAGAGCAAAUGCAAGAUAUUCUGAUGAAUUUAGUGUUCGUGAAGAUCUCAUGGGUUUGGCAAUUGGUGCACAUGGAGCAAAUAUACAACAGGCUCGAAAAGUUGAAGGCAUUACAAAUAUUGAACUGGAAGAAAACUCGUGCACGUUUAAAAUUUAUGGAGAGACUGCUGAUUCUGUAAAGAAAGCUCGAAGCAUGUUAGAAUAUAGUGAAGAUACAAUUCAGGUAAAUUACCUGAUGUUCACUCUGUUGCAGGUGCGAGUAAAAAUUGAAGGGGAUAACGAACCACAACCCACAAUUCCUCGUGAAGAAGGUCAAGUUCCUUUUGUGUUUGUAGGUACUGUAGAAAGCAUAGCCAAUGCGAAAGUUCUUUUGGAAUAUCACUUAGCACACCUAAAGGAAGUAGAAGCUUUAAGACAAGAAAAAUCGGAAAUUGAUCAGCAGUUACGAAGUAUACAUGGUUCUACUAUGGCCUCAAUGCAGAGUUUUCCUUUACAAAGGCGCAACGAUAGGGGAUACAACUCGGAUAUGGAUGGUGGCAGCAAUCGAGGCCGUGGGGGCCCUAUGAGAGGUCGUGGCAGGGGCCGUGGCAGUGCAGGACGCCAUAGUGAAUCCAGAUUUAACGCUGGUAAUACCAUAACAGAUUACAUAAACAGUAUUGAUGGUAAGAAGGGUCCAGGUCAGUCAACAAGUCGAGGACGAGGUGGGCGUGGUGGAGGAGAGCGAGGAAGAGGUAGUAAAGGUGCUGGGGGAGGAGCGACAGAGAAAGAGCGAUCUAGGCAUGCUACUCCAGACACAACUGAUGAGAGAGUCCGAGAUCUUCCUCCACGUCAGCAUCAGUAUCAAACUGGUCCACGUCAAAAUCAGUCUCGCCAGCCUGCACGUCGUGAUCAUCGACGAGAUGAGCGUCGUCGUAUGACUGAUGAUGAGGAUACUGUAAUGGAUAGCCAAGAUGUUUCAAGUGUGGAUCGGGGAACCCAUGUCCACCCACCCGGCCCUCAACCUCUGCAAAGGUGUGGUGACCUCUGCAAGGGUAUGGUGAACCACGAGGACCUCUCAUCCGAAACGGAAGAUCUGAAUGCCUUCUUUCUGGCUGAAGAUGUGACUGACAUCGACAGGAUCCAGACUCAUCCCUUACCUCAACACUGA